CUGAAGCCGAACCUGUGGCGGAUGAUGCUGAGCAGGUCGGUGACGAGCCGCGCCUGGUCGGGCUCGAGCAGCAGCCAGCACAGCGCGCAGCCCGGGCUGCCCGGCGGAGGGUGGUCGAACAGCAGCCGCAGGCGGAGCGGGCCGCAGCUGCCGGGCGCCGCCAUGUUGCGGCAGGAGGAGGAGGAGGAGGAAGAGGAGGGGAGAGGAGGGCGGAGGGGCGGUGCGGGAGCCGUUCGCGUGACAGCGGCGGGAGGAUGGCGCCGCAGCGGGCAGGGGUCGUGCUGGGGCUGGGGCUGGCGGCGCUAGCGGCAGGUGUGGUGCUGAAGCAACCCCAAGAGCCCAAAGAGCUGUGGGGAUAUGUGCAAGUCCGAAGUAAAGCCCACAUGUUCUGGUGGCUCUACUAUGCAAACAACCCAACCAAGGACUUCACGGAGCUACCUCUCAUCAUGUGGCUUCAGGGAGGUCCAGGAGCUUCAGGCUGCGGAUUUGGGAACUUUGAAGAGAUUGGUCCGUUAGACAAAGAAAUGAAACCAAGAAAUACUACCUGGUUGCAGGCAGCCAGUAUCUUGUUUGUGGAUAAUCCUGUUGGCACUGGAUUCAGUUAUGUGGAUGACUGCAGCUUGUUUGCCAAAAACCUUACCACAGUAGUCUCUGAUAUGAUGGUCUUUCUCAGAGACUUUUUCACACAUAGAACUGAAUUCCAGACCAUCCCGUUCUACAUAUUUUCUGAAUCUUAUGGAGGUAAAAUGGCUGCUGGCAUUGCCUUAGCGCUUCAUGAAGCUGUUCAAAAAGGAAGUAUAAAGUGCAAUUUUGUUGGGACUGCUCUUGGAGACUCAUGGAUUUCUCCUUUGGAUUCGGUGCUGUCUUGGGGGCCCUAUCUUUAUAGCACCUCUCUCCUUGAUGAUCAUGGUCUAGCAGAGGUGACUGCUGUUGCUAAAGAAAUAAUGGAUGCCAUAAAUAAAAAUCAAUAUGGCCUGGCCACUGAGCUCUGGAGCAAGGCUGAAGGUGUCAUUGAAGAGAACACAGACAAUGUGAACUUUUAUAACAUCAUGACUAAGGAAGUUCCAGAAAUGAACACAAAUGAACAAGAAAAUCUUCAUCUCAUUAGACUUUACCAACGCCAUGUCAAAAAUAUGCAUAAGAACAGCCUAAAUGAAUUGAUGAAUGGACCCAUCAGAAAGAAGCUAAAAAUUAUUCCUGACUGUGUGAAAUGGGGAGGUCAGUCCACAAACGUCUUUGAGAACAUGGCUGAGGACUUCAUGAAGCCUGUCGUUGACAUUGUUGAUCAGCUUUUAGCAGCCAAUGUCAAUGUUACAGUCUAUAACGGGCAGCUGGAUCUCAUUGUUGACACCAUGGGCCAGGAGGCAUGGAUUCGGAAACUGAAAUGGCCCUGUUUGGACCAGUUCAGCCAACAGAGGUGGAAGGCACUUUAUGUGUCUCCAGAAUCCACGGAUACAGCUGCUUUCCACAAAGCCUAUAAGAACUUUGCUUUCUUCUGGAUUCUUAAGGCUGGGCACAUGGUACCGUCUGAUCAAGGAGAGAUGGCACUGAAAAUGGUCAGGAUGGUGACCCAACAGAUGCACUAGGGAAGGGGAGGCCAGCUGGUAUGGCCUCCUGCUGAGCGCUGUGUUACUGCAGAAUGUGAGUCCAGAACAAAUAAGCCGCAGCAGGAACAACUGGUACUUGGACACACAGCUUCUCUGAUCUUGAUGAUGUGUGAAAGCAUUUAUGAAAAGGCAUAUUUCUCCUUGAAUGAGUUGUUUCUUUUGAAUUAGAAAGAUAUGAUUUGCUGCCUCAAUACUGUUUGUAAUGACUCUUCCAGAAGGAACUCCUCUGUCAUAAACAACUAGCAAUAAGCCUUUGCCUUUGUCUUGGAAGGAUUUUGUGCUUUUGUAAAAAAGCUGCCUUACUCCAAAUGUUCUCUUGUCUGUUCACAGACCAAGACUAAAACUGAUUUGCAUCUUGA